AUGCUUUUGAUAAUAAAGGUUAUUACCUACACACGCACUUAUCUAUGCACACAUACUCAACCAACAUCCAAGCCGGCAACAUCUUUUAUUAAUACGCGCGUAAACAGGAAGGUACAGUAUGAGAACUGCUCGAAUAGAUGGACUUUUCAUCCAACCGCCCUGGUUAAAGUUAUGUCGUUUCGCGUCGGAGAUUUAGUUACUAUAAUAAAUGAUGCAACAACAGUACAGCAACUUCAAAAGGGACACGGCGAGUGGAUAGAACUUAUGCGAUAUGCACUUGGCAAACUCUGCAAGGUCGUUAAAGUUUACUCCGACGGUGAUUUACGUCUCGAACAACUCGAUGAUGGAUUCGAAUGGACUCUUAACCCAAAAUGUGUUAAGCUGGAAAGAUCUCCAAUUGCAUCAGCCGCAGAACGGUCGAAUAGUAUGAUGGAUUUAAGUAAUAGACGCACGGAUCAUGUUAUGACUCCAUUAUCUGGUUUAUCUGGAUCUUCAAUGGCUGAUAAGUUGGUACGCGAAGCCGCACAUGGGCACAUCGACUUUGUAAAACAAUACCUACAAACACAUCCAGAUCAUGUUAAUGUCAUGAGUGGGGGAAAGGCAUCCAUUCAGGUAGCAGCCCACCAAGGAUUUGUGGACAUAGUAAAAUUAUUGAUUUCUAAAGGAGCAAAUGUAAAUAUAGUCGAUAAGGAAGGUGAUUCCGCUUUGCACUAUGCAGCUUUCGGAAACCAGCCCGAAACUAUGCGAAUCCUCCUUCAAAACGGGGCGAAUAUAAAUUUUCUCAAUUCCAGCCAUUGUACCGCACUUCAUAUUUGUGCCCAUAAAAAAACGCCUCACUGUGUUAGAGAAUUAUUGAACCACAAUGUUGAUGUAAACAUACAGGACUUAUAUGGUGAUACAGCUCUCCAUGAUGCUAUAGGGAAAGAAAACACAGAAGUUGUAGAAAUAUUAUGCAAUUCGCCAAGUUUAGAUUUUACUGUUAAAAAUAAUAGAGGAUUUAAUGUGCUUCAUCAUGCUGCGCUCAAAGGCAAUGUUGUUGCUACUCGACGCAUCUUGCAGCUGGCUCGACAGCUCGUUAAUGUAAAAAAAGAUGAUGGAUUUUCUGCAAUGCAUUUAGCUGCCCUUAAUGGCCACGCAAAUGUGGUAGAGACGCUCAUCAAAGAGGGACAAGCAGAUAUUGACAUUCGAAAUAAUCGACGCCAAACUCCAUUUCUUUUAGCGGUUUCUCAAGGUCAUGUGUCCGCCAUUGAAAAACUUGCAAAAUUGGGUUGUGAUGUUACAGCGCGUGAUGAGGAUGGGGACAACGCAAUGCACUUAUGUGUUGUAAAGAAAAAUAAUCUCCUACAAGUUGCAGAACCAACAGUAGCAGAUUCACCAGAAAUAUUUGCGAUUUAUGAAAGCUUAUCACAUGUUCAUGAGGAUAGACUUAUGUACACAUUGCUAUGUUAUUUACAUCGUUUGGGAUGCCAAAUAGAAUACAACAAUAAAGGUAUAAACAUAUUUGAAUGGAUAACAGACAUAAAGCGCAAACAACUUAUAUUAAAACACCGACCAAGUGUGGCGACUCUGCAAAUUGAUGUCCAAAAUUCUUCAACAACAACAAACAUAACAGAAUCUGCUAUUGAGCAAAUUGCCCAAAACAUAAAUGUAAUGAGAUUAGACCCAAAUAUUCAAGAAGGAUUAGCAUCCACCAACCCUGAACAGUCGGAUAUUGGCAGAUCAUCAGCAUUAGAUUUGCAAACAGCUUCUAAUGAAGAUACAACACAAAGUAGAAUACCACCGUUCAUAGACUCAAUCGACGUUACAGGUAAGACCAAAAUGCAAUCGACAGCAGAAGAUGGAAUAUCAGUUCACACUAAACAAGACGACCAAAUUGAGUCAAUAUCCCCAGCUUUUAUCCCUCAAACGUGCAUUGUAUGUGAUGAAAAUUUACCGUUAAUUACAUUUGAGCCAUGCCAGCACCAAAUAUCAUGUGAAGAUUGCGGCAAGCGAAUGAAAAAGUGUUUGAGAUGCACUGUUUAUAUCGAAAGAAGAAUUGGUGAAAAUGGUAGAAUUUUGCCAAAUACAGAUUCUAGUAACAUACCUGCUGUAGAACGUCUGCGGUACUUGGAAAAUAAAAUUCUCGAAUACGAAGAAUCCCACUAUUGUAGUAUAUGUAUGGAAAGAAUUCGUGAUGUCGCUUUUCUAUGUGGUCAUGGGUCGUGUUCACGAUGCGCCGAAACUUUGCGUAUAUGUCACAUGUGUAGAAAAACUAUUUUAAAAAAAAUCAACCUUUAUUAAUUAAAUUUUGAACACGUUCUUAAAAAUUGCAAUAUGAGAUAACAGCAACUAAAAUUAUACCUGCAAAUUUCAAUACGUAAUUUCCGAAAACGUUUACCUUGGACAUGAAACUGAAAAUAUAUUUAGCAUUUUAUAAACAA